AUGAAUUUCUUACGAAGGAGAAAAAAUGGUGAUAGCGAUAAUGACAAUGACAACGAUUCAAUAAACAAUGCAAUAGUUGAUAAAAACCAAAAAUCAAAAAAGCCCCCUAAUACUGCUUUUAGGCAACAGAGAUUACGAGCAUGGCAGCCUAUUUUAACUCCUAAAACUGUUCUACCUCUAUUGUUUCUAAUCACUUUGAUUUUUGCUCCACUUGGCAUAGUGAUGAUGAUAACAGCUAACAAUGUCCAAACUUUUCAACUAAAUUAUUCAAAUUGCAACAAACUAGCCUCGACCAAUUUAGAUAGUCCUUCGGUGAUUGACUCAAAAUACUACUCUUCCAAUUUCAACGAUAACUCAAAUUCAAAAACAGAUUCAACAAAUAAACCAACUUGGGUAGCAUUUAACCAGACUGCUGAUCAAAACAAUGAUGAGGACUAUGAUAGACAGAUUUGCAGAAUUCAAUUUUAUCUAUCAAAUUCAAUCAAUCCUCCUAUCUACUUGUUUUACAAAUUGACCAACUUUUAUCAAAAUCAUAGAAAGUACGUGGAAAGCUACGAUUUGGGCCAACUCAAGGGCAAAGCUGUUUCUAAAGAUGACUUGGACUCUCGUUGUGAUCCUUUAAGUACUGAUGAGGAAACUGAUAAAAUCAUCUACCCCUGUGGCUUGAUUGCAAAUUCCUUCUUUAAUGAUUCCUUCUCAAACCCCAUCUUACUAAAUCCUUCAAAUACAAACUCAAACUCUCCCAAUAUAACCUUUAACUUUUCCCAAGCUGGUAUUUCUUGGUCUUCAGAUCGUUCUCUAUAUAAGAAAACCACCUAUGAUAUUGAAAAUAUUGUGCCUCCUCCUAAUUGGUCCAAGAAAUAUCCAAAUGGCUACACAGAGGAUAAUUUGCCUGAUUUUAGCACUGAUGAAAUAUUCCAAAAUUGGAUGAGAACUGCUGCUUUGCCUAAUUUUAUGAAAUUAGUUGGUAAAAACACCACUGACUCAUUGCCUGAUGGUAAUUAUCAAAUUGAUAUAGAGAUGAAUUACCCAGUAGAAAUUUACGGCGGAAAAAAAUAUAUAAUAAUAACCUCAAACAGUGUAAUUGGAGGCAGAAAUUUAUCUUUGGGAAUUGCAUACAUAGUUUUAGCUGCUUUGUCUCUACUAUUUGCUCUCAUAUUCCUACUAAAACAAAUCAUUAAACCUAGGAAAAUUGGUGAUCAUAAUCUCCUA